CACGGCGGGCACACCAAGCAAUACAAGUCGCUGAAUCUGACAAAGGGUCACCAAAAUGUUGGAGGAGUGUUAACAUGUUGAUUUAAGAGAAAAGAGGGAAAAUUAUCUUCAACACAUUAUACUUUACAAUAUAUAAUAUACUUUGAUAACACAACAUUAUACUUUACAAUAUAUAAGAAGGACACCCCGGAAGAUGUGGGAUGACAUAGUGAAGACUGACAUCAGGUUAUUGAGCCUCUUGGGAAGAGAUGAUAAAGAACCAAGAUGAUUGGUGAUUUACUGUGCUUCAUCCAUCAGGGUGAAAGUGAGGUUUUAAAAGUAUUAUAGUUAUGCCUGUACAUAUUAGCUCAUGCACCCAAUCUGCCUAUAUCAAGCAUUCCCCCACAUUUCACCAUUCUAACACCUAUCCCCCAUCACUCUUCUAACUAUGGUACUACUCAGCUACUGUAAUUGUUUGAGAGCUGAACAGUGCAGAUUUUAUUCUCCACUUACCUCCUUCUCCCCUUGGAACCACUUUUAAACUCAUUCUCAUUAUUAUCCCUGUCCACAUUACUUUUUACUAAUCACUACUUUUCUGUGCCUUCUGUUAUUUCUCCCUUCUCUCCAAGCUCUCUCCCUUAGGUCUGUCAUAUCUCAUCUUUAACACCUCUGCUAUCAUUCUCACAUCUGGCAUCAGUGCCUCCCACCUUGUUGCCUCACUCUACCCACCCUGCACAUUUCCAUAUUUUCCGAUUUAUACACAAAUAUAUGACACUGCUGAGUUACAACACUCCUGUGCAUACAAGGGGUACUGUUUAGCAGUCAAGCAGUCAAAACAUUGGGACAAGCUUUGUGAAUGGUUGAAAUACCAGGGUGAUUGAGGUACCAUAGCAUGAUUUGUCAUAUUUUGAUCUUAACUAUAGUGAUACUUAAUUUAACUGUAUUUAAUUUGAUUUUCCAGUUACAAUUUGGCAGUAUGCUGGCAAAAUACUAUGCAAGAACUUACAUCAUCAAAUUAUAUAAUACCAGAUAUUUCUUCUUAUGUUCUACAAGUUUGUCUAAACCAGUGAAACCUGAAUAUCAGGCAAUUGUUAAACUAAAUAAAGAGAACCGCCGUUUAUAUGGACCUUUGCUGAAAUCUUAUGGAGGUUUCAAUUCUUCAAAGAAGUCUAUCAAGAAUAAUAAACCUGUUACAUCUACCAAGAGUAUUAUAAAACCUGCAUUUACUGGUACCAAAGAGUCUUCUUCAAAAUACCCUAAGAAUAAUCUAACUGAAAACACAUUUUUAAAAGCUCUUCAAGAAAAGGAUUUACUUUGUGAAAACUUUUCAGAAAAAACAAAAAAGUCAGAGAAAAAUAUUACAUCUCUUUUGGAAGAUACAGAUCAGCUUCAAAGUUUUUCUGAUUCUUGUACUAAAGUUUUACCUGAUAACUGGAGAGCCAUAAUUUCACAGUUCAUAUCUUCUAAGAUGCUUAUUGUAGACUCAGGAAAAACUGUUUUGGACAACACAGACUAUAAAGAUAUUUUGGAUACAUUAAUUGAUCAUAAAGUUCCAUCUGUGACAUCUAUACUACAACAAACACUACCACUGCAGAGCCAGAUAAUUUUACAGAGAUGGCAAGCAAAAAUGAUUAGAGAACUUGGUGAGAAGAAAUUUUUAAAAUAUCAGCAAGAUUUAAAAGACAAUGGAGCUAAUUUCCAUAAUUUCAUCCAAAACAUUCUUACGAAGACUAUUACAGAAUCAGAUGUGAGCAAUGAAUUUGCUGCUUAUUGGAAAAGCUUGCAAAGCAUUUUACCUCUGAUAAACAGCACUAAGUAUGUUGAGACAUUUGUGACCCACCAGUCUCUUUUAUACAAUGGAGUAAUUGAUUGCAUUGGUUGUUACAAAGAUGCAGUCUAUUUAAUUGAUUGGAAGACUUCACAAAAACCAAAACCACUUCUGAAGAAUACCUUUGAUAGCCCAAUUCAACUGGCUGCUUAUAUGGGUGCUUAUAAUGCUUGCAAUCUUAAAGAUCAGGUGAAGAAAGGUAUAAUCAUUGUGGUGUAUCCAAAUGGCUCUCCUGCUGAUGUGCACAUAAUGAAUGAGAAAUCAUGCCAGCACCAUUGGAAGAAAUGGCAAUCUCGACUAUGUCAGUACUGGAUUUCACUUGGAGAAACUAAAUAGAUGAUGAAUUUGUCCUAACUAUGAAGAAAGUGUGGUGAGAGUCAGGUGCCAAUAAGCCUGGUUCUGAAAUUUGUAAAUAAAUUCAAUAUCAUAUUUUGCAA